GCAUGACGUCAUGAAGGAAACGUAAACACCAUGGUUGACACAAGUAGAUAGCACGAAUGGUCGAAAAUGUCUCUGCCACGUUUCUUCAGGAGGCAUCGAUUAACUUGGAAGUUAUUGUCACUUUUAGCUCUAUUUUCAAUUGGUUUAUACUUCCUACUUGGUAACAAAUCAACGAAUAAUUAUGUCAGGAAUACCGAAGUUGGUGAGGAUGUUUUAAAAUUCAGACGUGCACGUUUUGAAAAAUACCAAGCUUAUGAAGGUAGUAGAAGUGGCCUUGGUGAGAAGGGACUAGGAGUGGAGUUGCAUGGAAAAGAGAAAGAAAAGGCAGAUUCUCUUAUGGACAAAGAAGCAUUUAAUAUUAUUGCAAGUGAUAAGAUAUCGCUGGAAAGAUCUGUCAAAGACGUGAGAGAUAGCAGAUGUCACAGUAUUGAGUACCCAAAAGUUCUCCCAAAAGCCAGUGUAGUGAUUAUAUUCCACAACGAAGCCUGGUCACCCUUGUUACGUACAGCCCACAGUGUUGUUAAUAGAUCUCCACCCGAAUACCUCCAUGAAGUGAUACUGCUGGACGACUUUAGCGAUAGAGAUGGUCUUGGAGAAGAAUUAAGUAAGUAUGUAGCCAAAACCUGGCCAGAUGGGGUAGUUAGAAUCGUGCGCACCAAGGAGCGAAGUGGUCUGAUUCGGGCUCGAUUAGCAGGAGCUAAGGCUGCUACUGGGGAUGUACUUAUAUUUCUUGACUCCCAUUGCGAGGCUGCUCCUGGAUGGAUUGAACCUCUGUUAGCACGGAUCCAGGAGGAUCGCACGGCAGUGCUGUGUCCAGAGAUAGACAAUAUUGAUAAAUAUACGCUAGAUUACGGAGGAACAGGCUCGUACUCUGUCGGCGGGUUCUGGUGGAGUCUUCAUUUUGCCUGGCGUCCAAUUCCACAACAUGAGCAAGAGAGGCGUAAAUCUUCAACUGAUCCAAUUAGAUCUCCAACUAUGGCAGGUGGACUGUUUGCAGCAGACCGUAAAUAUUUUUUUGAGAUUGGUGCAUAUGAUGAUGGUAUGGAUGUAUGGGGUGGAGAGAAUCUUGAAAUCUCAUUUAGGGUAUGGAUGUGUGGUGGGAAGCUAGAAUUCAUUCCAUGUUCUAGAGUGGGUCAUAUAUUCCGCUCUAGUCAUCCUUAUACAUUCCCAGGUAAUAAAGAUACCCAUGGCAUAAACUCAAUGCGUCUAGCAGAGGUUUGGAUGGAUGAAUAUAAGAGACUAUUUUAUACACAUAGGAGGGAUUUACUUGAUAAAGACCCAGGAGAUCUAACAGAGAGGAAACAGUUGAGAGAAAGACUGAAAUGUCACAGUUUUAAGUGGUUUUUAGACAAUGUGUACCCGGAGAAGUUUAUUCCUGAUGAAAAUGUUCAUGCUUGGGGAAUGGUACGAAAUCCAUCCAGUAACCUUUGCUUGGACACGCUCGGAAAAGAUGAAAAGACGGUGUUUGACAUUGGUUUGUUUUCUUGCCAAGGAGGGGCCAGUGCAAGUGAGGUGUUUUCAUUAAGUUUAAAAGAUGAGUUACGUCGAGAAGAUGGAUGUAUGUCAACAUCUGGAAGUGAUGGAGGUACAAUUGCACUAACAAAAUGUAUAGCAGGUGAUAGUAGGCAACAAUUUAAACAUGAUAAGCAAAAGGGUACAAUUAUACAUGUAGGUAGUGGGAGAUGUUUAGAUGUGGCUAAUGAAAAAUCAUCAGGUCAUGUGCGAGUGAAAGACUGUUCUAACACAGACACACAGAAAUGGACUUUUGAACACUAUUUGUAGCACAGGCAAAGAACUAAGAAAUUAGAACUAUUUUCUCACAUUGGGUUAGACAGAAGCAGUCCAUGGCUCUCAGAUUAGAAAUUCGAGACCAGUCCAGAAACUUAAGCAUCUGAUUGGUUAUUUCUUUGUACAGUAUUUGAAAUUGACCAAUAGCAAGGUAGCAUUGUGAGACUGGUCUCCAAACUUAAGUUUUUAGCU